AAAACUUUGAGAUACAUUUCUUCAAGCUGUACAGAAAAGUUUAUCAACAAAAAUGCCAUCAGAUACACUUGUUCCAUUACCAGCUCUUAUUGAUUUUGCACUGGGGACUCCUGAGAUUGGUGCUGUUAAUUUCAACAUUUUACAUUCUGUGUUGCAUGUUAUAGUACAACAAACAAACCUCUAUGAAACACAAGUUGAAUUUAAGGGACAUGAUGCUGACCGUCUCGAGACGUUAGUUAAACAGUCAUCUCCCAGACCAUCUGUAAGGCUCCAGGAGUACCAGUUACCUGUUGUUUCUUUCAAGAAGUCAAAAGAAAGUAUUGCCAAGGUAAAAGAAGAAACUACAUCAAAAGAAGACAUUUCUGAGGCAAAAGAAGAGACACAAGCUGAUGAGCAACAUUCAGAAACUGAACUUCAGACAGUGGUAUUAGUGGAAUCAUUUGGGGCUGAAGAAUCUCCAGAAACAGAGGAACACGGACCUAGACCCUCAAAAACAGCAUCCCACAAAGCUCCAAGACCUUCAACAGCUGCAAGAACUAGUGAACAAGGUGUCAUUAUUAGAAAGGGGAGUUUCGAGAGACUUGAGAGGAAGGUCUCCAAGAUUCAAGCAGAACUUAAAAAACUGGAUGCACUUCCCACCAAUGAAGACCUCAUCAGACGUUCACGUGUAUCAAGUGACUCUACACCAGUAAAGGAUAUGUGGCAGUUCCUAAAUCUCACAAAGAGGUUGGAUGCUGUUGAGGAGGGUAUUGAGAGGCUCACUUCUGUGUUACAAGAUAUAGCAAAGCAGAUUGGCCUUUCAACUAUUUUGGGAGAAGUAGAAUCAGUGGGAUCCCGAAGUGGAAGCACUGUUACAAAUCCAUUGGAGAUAAAAGAUGAAGGUGAACUUAGAGAACGACUGGUUCAUAUUGAAAAGAGACUUUGGGAAGUGGAACAUCGUAUGAAUAGUUCAGAUUUGCGUAUCCGUGCUUCUCGGAGUGUAGAUGUCAUAAGGUGA